AUGAAUAUACGUGUGUAUUUCAGGAAUUGUUUAAAAUCAGUUAUUUUAUUAUGGACCGGCAUCAUAGCUUUCAAUGCAUCGGUGACCGCUUACGAGGUUGAUGGUAAGGACAUACGUGAUAUAUAUGUACACUAUUGUGGAGGAUUGUUUAGAAGUUUGGAAGUAUACUAUGUUGAUAUUCGUAAUGAGGAAAACCAGGAACUCUUUGAUAAUAUCUACAAGACUCCAGAUGCUUCUGUUGGACCACUUAGACAUUUAAUGGUACCUUUUGAUGAUUCGCCAUGUAAUGGAAUGAAGCAUAAAUUUCAAAAAAUCGAAUUUCCCGAUAUGUUAAUGGGGUCAGCAAUCAAUCAAUUACAAAUCAAACCAUUGGAAAAAGAAAUGUCAAGGAAAUGA